AUUGUUCGAUCUCCUUCAGAUAUACCAUCAACUGUGUAGUGCAAUCAAUUAUUACAGGACAUAUAUAUUGAUAGCAGGGGCGGACUGACAACUCAUGGGGCCCCCAAGCAAUAGGGGAUCAUGGGGCCCCUGUGUCCUUGCCCAAACUCAAAAAAACCUAUGAAAAAAGGUACCAGGGGCAUCUCAUGGGGCCCCCUACUUACCCCGGGCCCUCGGGCAGUUCCCGAGUUUCUAAAUGGUCAGUCAGCCCCUGGU